GGAAUUUCUCUUAAGAUUGCAAAUAAGGCUUAGCUUAUAAAUUAUAAGAAGGCUAUAAGAGCCCUUCACGCCCGGGCCUUUCUAUGGGGCAAUGCUUCCGGGAGAUAUGUCCCACCGUUUAUUCUAUCCUUAGUAGUCGCUAAAAUGUCCUGGAGCACCAUUGCACCCUGGCAAACGCAGGACCAGAAUGAGGACGAAAAGCCAACGCCCAGUCAAUCUUCAGACGUCAAUGAAUCCGACAUAGUCUCCCCGCUCAUUUCCUCCUGUGGCCAGCUACUCUACAAAACUGCAUCUGCAGUACUGCCAUCUUUCAACUUUUUUGGAAGUAAACCGGAGCAGCAGCGGGACGAGCCAUGGCAGCUACACCAUCAUGAAAAUAUAGUGGAGCAGUGUGGUGCCGAUGAAAAUGACCACGCACCAGUUCAUAACGAUGACCUCUUACUAACAGAGUCGCUGGACUCUGCUUUAUCACAAGAACCGCAGCUACCAGAGCUGCAUCAUUGCGACUUUGCCUAUGAUGUCAUGGCCGGUGCGCCUGGAAAGGAGCAGCUCCGUCGAUGCAUGUUGCUUAGCUUCCACGCAGAUACCAACGUUAUGUCGAAAGACGCACACCAGAGACUUGGAACGAACAUCAAGCCUUAUCGCGGGGCUCCUGUCCCAGUUUUGGGACUUCAAGAUAGCAUACCAGUUGGAAUUGCAGAAGUUCAGUGGUCUUUCUGUGGGCGCAGCAAGCCUUACCGGACAGUGUUCUACGUUGUAGAAGAUGUUGAAUAUGAUCUUCUCAUCGGAAGACCUUCGAUGCGGCAGCAGGAGCUGUACCGAGUGGAUCCCGCCAUUGCGAAGAGGCUUCGUGAAUCGUAUAUCAAUGUCAGUAGGCUCAACUAGUGGAGGAAGGGCGGACGGACUUGGGAGCAUGUUUCCACUCUUUUUGUUGCACACAUCAAUCCAGCAUGUCCCUCUAUACGCUGGAAUGGACCCCCACAAACUUCCUAAUGAUAGCUUAGGUGUAAUCAUGCCUUACAGGUAGCCGCACUCUGGAUACCGGACAUGUUCAACAUUCAGGAAUCUUGUCGGCUGGAUAUUUGCGUAAAGAUACUCUCCCUAUAUUGGUUGAAUCGGAAAAUAGGUAAUUCCCACUGUACGCCACAGUACUCAUAAUAUAAGUUGGAAACACUGUACAAUCCCUCAC